GUAUUUCGAAAUCCUGGAGAAGCAGAAAGGGAGGGAAAGUCCCCCCUGAUUGGCUGCUGUAACCUCGUGGUUCGUUAUGAAAUCAGUUGAAAAUUUGGUUGCGGAGUAGAGAGUCGCGUUACGAAAGUCUUCCUUAUCAGCAAAUUAAUUUGAUUAAGAGCACUCAAUCAAAAUGGAUGUUGAGAAUGGAAGAGUUCCAGAUAAGUAUUGGAUUUUGAAAAAAGAAAUCAAGGAUUGUUUUCUGAUUGGAAACUUGUUGCUUGUACUGUUGCAAGUUCAGUUAUGCUUUCAUUUUGCAAAGGUUUCACAGUUUCCAAUUCCUAGUGUUUCCGAGGCAACUUUUGACUGGAUUGAAUUCUUGAAAAAUGUUCACCUGGCUUAUUCAUUUCUAUUCUUCUUGAUAAAGCAGUAUAAUAAUCCCACUGCAUUACAUUUACUUGCAGUUAUUGCAACGUGUAGCAUGGCUAUCUCAUGGAUAAAUUUUUCACUACACAGUCUCAGUGGCAUCUCAAAGUUUAACAGUGCCCCCUGCGAUGUACUAGAUGGUGUGUCCAUGAAUAAUUCUUAUGUUGUGGAAUGGAAAAAAUCUCUUAAUACCAAAUUUGUUUCCCUAAUGGGUUCUUUUGCCAAAAACAGUUUAAGUGUCAAAGCAUUCAAAGUGUUACAAUUUGAAGUCAUAAUAUCAGCACAAAAAUUGAGCUUUGAAGAAGUUAUUGAAUUUACUGUUGAAAACGAACUUCCUUUUCAAUUGGUUUGUUCCCUAGAUUAUUCUUGGCCAAUUGUAAGCAUGUGCAAAUGGACUACUGAGAAAUUUGCCAUGGUGAUUUAUUUUCAAAGGUUUACUGCAAACUUGAUGAUAUUUAACAAUGCAUUGUUUUUUUUCUUCAUCCACUGUUUCUUUACCCACAAUGACCCCAUUAUUUUGAAUCGUCCUUCACGUUGGUCAACUGUAUUUGUAUUUAUCUCAAAUUCAUUCAAGAUUCUUUCUACCUUGAUAUGGUUUCUUUUUUCAAUGUUUUUGAACAACUACUUUCUUUCAGACGAUUCCUUUCACUGGUUUACUUCAAAUGAUACUUCAAUUUGUAACCUUGUUUCGUGAAAAAAGGCCCAACAUAAUUUUGUAUCUUUAAAAAAUUGAUCUUCAUCUUCGAUGCGAAAAAAAAACGAAUUUCAGGCUAUUAACGCAGAUAUACUUGCAUUUUUCUGUACGCAUGUAUCCCGGAAUAAAUUUGUAGAAAUAUU